AUGGCGUUCGCGUCGAUGGGUUUGUCCAAGCAAUCGAUGCGAGCGAUUACGGAGGUGUGUAAGUUUACGCACGCGACGGCGGUGCAGGAUCAGACGUUGCCGCACAUAACGAAAGGUGUGGACGUUUUGGCGAGAGCGAAGACGGGAUCCGGGAAGACGGUUGGAUUUACGCUUCCGAGCAUCGAGUUGUUGAUGAAGAACCCGGAGACGAGGAAAGGCGACGUGUCCGUGUUGAUCGUCUCGCCGACGAGAGAAUUGGCGAGUCAAAUUCACGUGGAAGCGAACCAGUUGUUGACCUUUCACGAGUACGGUGCGCAGGUGGUGUUCGGAGGGACGAACAUCGGGACCGAUAAGAAACGAUUGAGAGAGAAUAGGUGCGAUUUCUUAGUCGCCACGCCGGGGAGGUUGAUCGAUCAUUUGGAAAACGAAGGGUUGAGAGAACGGAUGUCAAAUUUACGAGUGUUGGUUUUAGACGAAGCCGAUCAGUUGUUGGAGAUGGGUUUUCGACCGUCGAUUGAGAAGAUUUUGAGUUAUUUACCGAGGAAUCGACAAACGUUGUUAUUUUCUGCGACGGUGCCAGACGCGGUGAAACAAAUCGCCGCGAAUGCGAUGAGUGAUAAUCACGUGUACAUCGAUUGCGUUGGGGACGAGGCGACCGCGACGAAUUCUCAAGUUGCGCAGUGGCUAACCGUGGCGGAUACCAAGGAUCAUUUGGCGUUACUUUUGCAAGUGAUUGAAGCGCACGCGAGGGAGGUGCCGAACCAUAAAAUCAUGUGCUUCUUCCCGACCGCGAGAGCGACUGGGUUGGCCAGCGAAGUUUUCGAAGCUAUGGGGAUCAAGGUGUUUGAAAUUCACUCGAGAAAAUCGCAGUCGGCGAGAACGAAAGCGGCGGACCAGUUUCGCGCGAGUAAGUCCGCGGUGAUGAUGUCCUCGGACGUGACCGCGAGAGGUAUGGAUUUCCCGGACGUCACAUUUGUCAUUCAAAUUGGAUUACCGUCCUCGAGAGAACAGUACGUCCAUCGAUUAGGUCGAACCGGAAGAGCUGGUAAAACAGGCGAAGGUUUACUCAUUCUCGCUGAUUUCGAAAAGUACAUCUUACGAUCGAUGAAAGAUUUACCAUUGCAAGUGGCUGAGGCGAGCGUGGACCCGAACGCCUCGGACAGAAUCAAUCGAGCGUUGCAAAAAGUCGACUCCAAGACCAAAGAUCAAGCCUACGUCGCGUGGAUGGGUUUUUAUAACUCGAGCACUGGGAAGAUUGGAUGGUCGAAGAACGAUUUGGUACACGCCGCGAAUUCGUACGCGAUUGACGUUUUGGGAUGUUCAGGAUUACCGGGCGUCUUGGCGAAAACCGUCGGCAUGAUGGGCUUGAGAGAACAAAGACCGCUGUUGAAUGUCGUCUCGCAGUUGGAUGGUGGUGGUGGUGGCGGCGGCGGAAGAGGCGGCGGUGGUGGCCGAGGCGGCGGUGGUGGCCGCGGCGGCGGCGGUCGAGGCCGAGGAGGCCGACGAUAA